CCAAGUGAAUGUUACUAAGAGCCGGCAUGGAAAAAAGCCCAAAAAUGGAGUUUAGGGUUUUAGGAGUAGUUGUUUUAGGUUUAAACUAGUGGGUGGCGUUGAAGCGAGAGAGCGAGCUUCUGGUGAGAUGGCGAAAUUCAACGAGAUAGCUAAGCAGAAGAGAGAGGCGAAAGCGAACAGAAAGCGAGCUAUUCACGGCGAUCCCCUCACCAAUAAAUUGAAGACCAGAGCUCCGGUUGUCUCCGUCUCCGGAAAACGUCAGAGAAAACUCCUUCGAAAAUGGCGCCGAGAGCAGAAAGAUAUGGUGGAGAAGGGUCUUGUUACCAUGGAUGAUGUGGAGAUGGCUUCUGCUGACGCUGCAUCGGAAGACUCUAAGAAACCCCCCAGAAAAUUUAGCGUGAAGAAGACCUUGAAACUCAAUAAACUAAAGAAAGGCAAGAUGAAGAAAAGCCAGAAAGCCGUUGGCAAAGGAUCUGCUGAUCAGAUGCUAGAAUGAGUGUUGUAUCAUAAACCUUGAAACCCUUUUCAUCUAACAAUCGAAGACAUGGUAAUAUACAAAGCUUUAUCUAUGUCUGGUUAUAUUCCUUCAACGUGUGUUUUGGAUGAACUUAAUGAAGAUUGGGAGGGUUUUGAUAGGAUUUUGUUUUUACCAGUUUUCCGAAUCUUCUUAUAGAAAUCUUAUGUGUUUUGUCGUUCAAAGAGAUCUCUCAAUUUUGUAAUCUGACGAUGCUGGUGAUUUGGUUCUGUCAAAAAAAAAAAAAAUGUGGUAUAUCACAUUUGCGAUAUCGCUAUCCCAGUCUCCGAAUACGGUUGUCGUUUCAUCAAAUUUUCAAUUCUCUCUCG